UACUACAUUCACAAAUAAAGUAGAACUUAAAAAUGGGAAGGGUUGAGUUUUUGGCCAUGAAGACUGAGGAGGAGAACACGGCGAACCUGAUCAAUUCUGAUCUGAAUGAGUUCGUCGCCGCUGCGAAGAAGCUCGUGAAAGACGUAGGGAUGCUCGGCGGGUUAGGCUUUGGCACGUCUUUCCUUCAAUGGGCCGCUUCAAUCUCGGCCAUUUAUUUGUUGAUAUUGGAUCGGACCAACUGGAGAACCAAAAUGUUAACUACACUUUUAGUGCCAUACAUAUUUUUCUCACUUCCUUCGGUUAUCUUCCAGUUCUUUAGAUUUUGGGAAUGGAUUGCUCUCAUCGCGAUCACAAUCAGGCUUUUCUUCCCUAAAGAAUUUCCAGCCACGUGGCAUAAGACAGAACCUGAUAAUUUUGGACACUUCAAAUCUCUCAAAACAGAGAGCUUUUUGUCCGAUCAAGGAGGGACUCUGUGGCGGACUAUGGCCGCUUUCUUACAAGCCGCCGUUACCACCGUUCAACCCGCCAGGGUGGAUCCACCACCUCGGGCCGCCGCAAAGCUCCGGAUGUGCGUCUCUAAAUGCUUUGGCGUUGAGCCGGUGGCGAGCCGCGUCUCUAAAUGCUUUGGCGUUGAGCCGGUGGCGAGCCGCGUCUCUUGCUCCCUCCACGACGAUCUCAAGAACUUAACUCUGAAAUUCGUUGAUACUACUAAGAUCGUUAGUUUUUCACUCGCCGCCUCCGCUCUUGUUGUCUCGGGUGCAAAUGCAGAAGGCGUGCCAAAGAGGCUAACUUUCGACGAGAUACAGAGCAAGACUUAUAUGGAAGUGAAAGGAACAGGAACCGCGAAUCAAUGUCCAACCAUUGAAGUAAAAGCUGAAGGAGUUAGCAAGAACUCUACGCCGGAUUUCCAAAACACAAAGCUCAUGACUCGUCUUACCUACACACUCGAUGAAAUCGAAGGCCCUUUCGAAGUAGCUUCUGAUGGAAAGGUGAAGUUUCUAGAGAAAGACGGUAUUGAUUACGCUGCAGUGACAGUACAACUUCCUGGUGGAGAGCGUGUACCGUUCUUGUUCACGAUCAAGCAGCUUGUGGCAUCGGGUAAACCAGAGAGCUUUGGAGGAGAUUUCUUGGUGCCAUCUUAUAGAGGGUCGUCUUUCUUGGAUCCUAAAGGUCGUGGUGGCUCUACGGGCUACGACAAUGCGGUUGCAUUACCUGCUAGAGGAGACGAUGAGGAGCUAGCUAAAGAGAACAACAAGAACACAGCUGCUUCACUUGGUAAGAUCACACUUAGUGUAACAAAGAGUAAUCCCGAGAGUCGUGAAGUGAUCGGUGUUUUCGAGAGUAUUCAGCCUUCGGAUACUGAUUUGGGUGCUAAGACUCCUAAGGAUGUCAAGAUCCAAGGAAUCUGGUAUGCCCAACUUGAGGAAUAAAACAUAGAUUGUCUAUAGAAUCUGUUUGUUUUAUUUUUUCUGUAAAUGUUGUUAUGAUUAAAGAAUAUUGAUUCCA